UCAAUGUCUUUAUUCCGGUGAUCCCGACUCUUUGGCCGUCUUGCGGGCCCCCUUGCGAGCCCCCUUUUGCUCUCUCUGUUCUGGCGCGCGACAAAAGAAUUAUUUCGCGUCUAACAAUCCCGUUUGUCUUCCUGGCAGCAUUAUUUACGUACGUCGACGACCCCGCGAUAGUAACGGGUAUAUGUACGUGUAUGUGAUAGCGAGACAUAGCGAGACAUAUAUUUGCAUAUCUAUUUAUACUUGGAGUACGUCACUGUCGCACUGUCGCGUCCGUGCCAUUUUACACCAUGGCAUCAAUUCAUAGCCUACCCGUGUUCGGAUCGCAUAGUUCGAGCAACAAGAUAAGCAAAUCGAGAGCUAGGACGGUGGUCAAGCCAAUUCUUAAGAAGCUUUCGUCGCAAUCGGAGAAAAACUCGUUAGAUUUGGAUAGAGGGUGGACAGAUCAGGAUGAACAAUAUCAGGCUCGCGAUGGCUGGACAGGAGGGGUAGGAGGAGGAGUAGGAGGAGGAAAGGGGGUAGCAGGACUAGAGAAAUCGACUAAGGAGAUAAACUUUACCUUGGACGAAGCUGGUGCGAACCGAUAUAACCAUGCUAGGUCGAUUAGUGGUGCAAGCCAUGUUUCUGUCGCGACUAGCAGCAGCUCUGGCCCUCGUCACCAAGUCGGUGCGCCGUUCGUGCAUCCUUUUCAACAGACACCACGGACGUCAACCCCGCCUUUAUCGUAUGCCAAUUCGCAAACCUCCUUCUUCGACAUCACUGAGGAUGAUAACGAUGAUAACGAUGAUAGCAUUGGUAGCUGCAGCAAUAGCAACAGCACGAGCACGAGCAACAGCAACAGCGACAGCUUAGACGCAAGCCAAAGUCACAGUCAUAGGAAUAGCCUUCAUAUUCAGAUGAACUCACAUUCACAUUCUCAACCUACUUUGGGUAUACGCCGCCCGGCUUUAGCUAGUACACAGCGCACUUCAUCUUUUUCUGAAGUCAAAAAUGCACAUACCUCAGCCCCUUAUCCUUCUCAAAACCCACCCCCCCUCCGAAUAAAUACUUCGCGCCUCCCCAAUGUCCCCAGUCGAUCUGAUUUACAACUCGAUCGCAUAACGGACUCGCCCAUAUCUUCGUCCAAUACUCCUUCAAACCACGUCGCAUCGCCCGCCAGUUCAUCAACCCCGAUGUCUCCGCUACGCUCUUCAUUCGAUGCUAGCGGCUUUCCGCGCCUGCGCGCAAAGUCCGACCUGGACACGGCUACUCGCGCUGAGCACCUCCGAGCAGCCCGUCGGAAAUUCGAGCUGAGGGAGAAGGCCAAAGAGGAGAAAUACGCCCGAGAGGAGAUCAAACGUCGCGAGCGAGCCGAUAAUAAGCGCGCUCUCGAGAAGGAAAGGUACGCGGCAGCUAUGCAUAAGGAGCAGAUGGCUGCGAAGGCUCGCCUAGAGGCAGCGGAGCUCGAGGAAGCAAUAGCUCGCGGGAAGCACAAUAGGAAAUUCAGCGGGACCAGCAGCAACCGUCCGAGCAUAGCCAUAUCUAGGACUAGCAUGUCGCGACCAAGCACGUCGCGCAAGAAUAUCCCUAGCCCCUUGGAGGAGUCUGAGAAGUUUGCUAGUAGCAACUACGACAGUAUGGAUGCGCGAAACCCGCCGGCGUUUGGCAAUGAGGCCGGAGGGGCGGAGAGCGUCCCCUUUCAGCCUACCAAGCGCAGAAAUACAGCUAAGAGGAAGACCCUGAGCACGUGGACUAUGUUCAUAUUAUGGCUUAGAACAAAGCUGCUCAGGGUCAGCAAGAACCGUUGACUUAUGCGCCUCCCAGCAAAACCCAAAACCCCAACGCCACAUCUUAUAUCUUAUUUUCAAGUCUUAGCCAGCCUACGGACGUACAUAUACAUACAUACCCACGAUAUAUACACACCC